ACCAGACUACACGGCAUUGUAUCCCAGAAGAUAGAUCAUUUCAAGAGCCACUGCUCAGCGAACCUCAAAUUCUACAUAACCGAACGAGCACUUGCGUCGACUUGGCCGUGAAGGCCGUUUGAACGCCUUGAACACAUGCAGAAUGAAAAUAAUUGCAGGUGGUCGGUAACGUUGGUAAUGUAUCAUAGCAAGCAGCUCGUCUUUAGGCAAAGUGAACGAACCUUCAGUGGCGAAAGUACGUGGAGACAUAUUAUUUUAGAAAUUAAAAAGGACAUUUCUGGGAAGGUAUACAUUGGGGUUGAAGUGUGAUGUGCGUUUUCAUAAGGUGUAAGACAUUUUACGUGUCCAUGUACAGUAAUAUUUUACGUUAGGAGAGGAGAACAUACAGUGCACAGUGCCUUGUAAGUUGAAUAUUCGAGUGACUAUGCAUCUUCUGGCUUUGUAAGAAUUUUACAGAACACUGAGCAAAAAGUACUCUUAGAAUGGCCUUAACCGCUACCUCCAAGUGACCUUACACUAACCAACAGAGCAGUGUGAAAUACGUGAAAGAAGCACUUCAGUGACGAGUUUCUCUUGGGUAUUUGGGAGUGGAGUGAUUUGGAGCGUUUGAUUUCCCAUGUCUGAGUUGUCAAGUAGUUCAGGACACCGUACAGUGUGCUUUACAGGUUGUUCUUCGCAGUACAUUGGAAACGACUGUCAUUGGAAUAGAAGACCUACACAGGAGAAGAUGUCGCAAUCAGGUGAUGGCCUCCAUACUCCUGGCUACCUUUCUUGGAGAAAGCUUCAGCUGAGCAGAGCAAAGCUAAAGGCAUCUAGUAAAACUUCUGCUCUUCUUUCAGGUUUUGCUAUGGUGGCUAUGGUUGAAGUACAGCUUAGCGAACAGUCAAGUGUACCUCAGGAGAUGUUGAUUGCAUUUGCAAUCUGCACAACUCUGCUAGUGGCAGUACAUAUGCUGGCACUCAUGAUCAGUACGUGUAUCUUGCCAAAUAUUGAUGCUGUAUGCAAUCUCCAUUCCAUCAGUCUUGUACAUGAAUCUCCACAUGAACGUCUGCAUUGGUAUAUUGAGACUGCAUGGGCAUUUUCAACACUGCUGGGAUUGCUUUUGUUCCUGUGUGAGAUAGCAAUUCUCUGUUGGGUAAAAUUUUAUGACUUCUCACCCUAUGCAGCAUGGUCUGCAUGCAUUGUUCUCAUUCCUGUCCUCAUUGUCUUCUUGGCAUUUGCUGUCCAUUUCUAUCGUUCACUAGUAACGCACAAAUAUGAGGUGACAGUGUCAGGUAUUCGUGAAUUGGAGCUGCUCAAAGAACAGAUAGAAGCAGGAGAUGCAGAAGGGCGUGCUAAUGGUGUAGGACUCUUUUCAAAUACUCAAAUUGUGUAGCUUGUGUUUCAAAUGCUGUGUGGAAGAAGGGCAUCAGUAUUGGCUUCUGAUGGACAUAUGCUGCAGCUGGUUGCUCAGAAGACUUCAAAUAAAACAGAAGAGAUUUAAUGAAGGGAAUGCAGCUAUAAUAUUAUAAAAAUAUGGAAGCAAGGUUUCUUUUCCCAUAACCAAUUGAAGACUACUUUGCAAGCAUAUCGCAUGAUAUGAGACAUCAGAAAUGAGUCACACAACUCAGAUGUUUUAUAUAGCAUGCAUGUUUUACAGAGUUACUUAUUUUAUAAUAGGUCUUGUUCUCAUAAGUGCUUAGCAUUAAACUUUGUACACUGAAAAACAUGGUUCCUAUGUGUCACCUGAGGUUUUGCCUUGUUAAAAUAUUCAGCACACCAACUGAAAUGUGAAGGGUGUAAGUUGUCCAUGACGGAAAAAGGUUGUAUAUAAAUUAGUUUAAUUGAAAAUACAUAAUUAAUCUCUCUUAAAUUCCUAAUAACUUAAUAAAUAUACAGGGACAUGUGAAAAUGCAGGCUUCACAUCUCACGUGGAGUUCUUCACUUGUCUCAGAAGAGUGCUGUGUAGCAGAUUUUUCACUCAGACAUGACAGAUAUAACAAGUUUUCCAUUCCUGUAAUCUAUGUUAGUUUGUGAUAGGCUAUUUACAUCACAUACAACGUGACUGCAACAUUUCAAUAUAUUGAUAUUAAUGAUGCCAUCCAUAAUGAGACUAAUUUCUUGUUGCAAGAUGGAGGACAAACUAUACAGUAUCACUUUAUACAUAAAUAGGUGGAAUUGGCAUUGAUGUGCUUUCAUAAUUUUAUAUUAAGCUCAAUUAUAAUUUACUGAGAGUAAAAUCAAUUGAUGUAAUCCACUACAUGAUAAGGAAGUGGAGGAGAAUUAUAGCAUAUGCAAAUACAAGGGUUAAAAAUUUAAAAUGUCAUUAAUCAAAACAUAAAUAUUUAAUUAUAAAUAAUUUUCCUGGGGAGUAAAGAGCGG